CGACAGCCGGGGACAGACCAGCGAAUAUCUCGAUCUCCGCAGUCUCCACCACCUCCGGUUGUAAAUUCACGAAUCCACCGUACCCUUAAUCGUAAUUUUGUGCCUCCAUCAGAAUAUCUUCUCUGCCUCCUGGGCACGUCGUUAGGGUUUAUUAGUUUCCGCCGCCCGAUUCAUAACCCCCACAAAAUCAAUUGAUCGUCCGUCGCACGUAAAAAUCGAUCGUUCCUUCUUCGCGGAGGGGGAGGUAGAAUCGCGGCCGAUGGGGUCCAGAGAAAAGGAACAUGGUGCGUCGCACCACCAGCCACUCUUAAGCAGCCUUGUCGUACGGCCAUCGUCUAGCGACGGCGGCGGUGAAGGUGGCGGUAGCGGCAGCGGCGGCGGCGAUGUUGGAGGCGGAGGUGGACGUGGUGGCGGGUUUGAAACUGGCGAGGCGCGUCGUGAGAUGCCGCCAUAUUCUCGAUCCGAGCGAUUCUCUGACGCUCCAGGGUAUAGAAUGAAUGCAGGUUCUGGUUCACCUGCACGUCGUAGGGAUGGAGAUCACCGGUAUGCUUCUGAUUUUGAUCAUUCAGGGGGUCCACCAAGGGGGCGUGAGUUUAUGGUCGGCAGGGAUGCUGGUAGAUUUCGAGAUUCUUCUCCACCUUUCAGUCGAGGUAGAAGUAGUGGUGGUGGCAGGCCACUAGCUAGAGAGUUUGACCGUCCUGGGUUAGGUCCAGGACCAUUCAGAGGAGAGGCCAUCAAUAGGAACAAUCCAAAUGUGCGUCCCAGGGAUGGAGACUGGGUCUGUUCAGAUCCUAUGUGCACGAAUCUGAACUUUGCUAGGAGAGAUGUGUGCAAUAACUGCAAGAAGCCUCGCUACGCCCAACCAUGGGGAAGCCGAAGUCCUCCUAGGAGGGGCUAUCCGGGUCCCCCGCCUCCACAUGCUGUUGGUGGUCCGAGACGCCCACACGGUCCUCCAUUGGAUCUUUCUCCUCCUGGGAGAGCCAUGAACAUAUACAGGUCUCCACCUCCUCCUCGUGGCGGUUGGGGCAGGGGCAGCCCUAGGGAUUUCGGGCCUGGUGGCCCUCCACAUCUCAGGCAUGGAGGACGGUUCUCUGACCCUAGAGAACGCCCCGACUACCCAGACGACGACUACAGGGGAAGGAGCAAAUUCGAUCACCGGCCGAUGCCACCAGUGGAAUGGGGUCACCGAGAACGCGGCAGGGAUGGGUUCUUCAACGAAAGGAGAGGAGGGUUCGACAGACGGAUGCCGCUUUCUCCUCCUCCUCCCGCUGCUGCACCCCUGCCUAUACCUCCUCAGCGAGGCGGACGAUGGGGACGCGAUGUGAGGGAGAGGAGCAGGUCCCCGAUGAGGGGCGGCCCUCCACCAUCGAGAGAUUUCCGACGAGACAUGUUCAUGGGACGAGGAGGAAGGGACGAUCGACGCCCUCUUGGAAGAGAUCGAGUUGGAGACGUGUAUUGACGCGGGAGACGAGGGGGUGGUAUUUGCUCGACUGAGGAGGAAACAUGAUGGGUGCUGCUCUUCAUUAGUGUGAACAAGUUUGCCGCGGCGGGAGAGAUUUCAGAGAACUUGGUUUUAGUCGGGUAGAUGUUGUGAGUAUAAUGUGGUAAAUACCCGGGAAUUUUUGACAGGGUUGGUGUUUGUUGAACUAUCCGGGAUGGCUGCUGGUGACUUGGUAUUGUCUGGUUUGAAUUCUGUUGAGUUUGAUGAAAUGCCUGGGUGAUGAAGACGCUGCAGCCCGGGCGUAGUGGCUUCUUCAGACUUGUAAGUGAAGCUCGUGGCGGUAGAAUAUCGAACGAUAGAAUGAUCGGGUAGUUAAUUAAGCUUUGUUAAGUAAAACGCAAGAAUUCAAAUGGUUUGUUUGUUCCAAACCGGCAGGCAUCAGGUGGGUAGCGCGCUGUGGGGAUUGGCAGGGUUGCUUUGCUUGUUAGGGAUCCACUCAAGAGCCAUUCGAAGUUUUCAAUUGGCUUGGUAGUUUGGACAUUGGAGGAUGGUCUUCUAGAUGGAUACGACAACUACACUAUUCAUUCUGCUUAGGGACGAAGAGCUGG